AUGAUAAACUUGUACCAGAUUGAAACCAGAAAGACAGCUGGAACUGGACUCAGCCUGGAAGAUGAUAAACUUGAUCUUCGGAAAGAAGUUAAUUUCACACAGCAGAUGGAUCUUCGGAAAGAAGUUCAUCACACAGCAGAUGCAGUAUAUGAGAAUCUUGCUCUUAGAGGCCGUGCGACGCAGUCAUCUAUACAUCUAGACUCUUCCGUUGGAUAUUUGGGCCUGGGUGCGAAUGCAAUAGAUGGAAACACAGAUCCCAACUAUUUCCAUGGGUCGUGCUUUCACUCUAGUAAUGAUGUUGGUCCCUGGUGGAGAGUGGACUUACUGGAUUCCUAUCACAUCUCCAAUAUAAUUAUCACCAACCGAGGAGACUGCUGUCCAGAACGGCUGAACGGAGCAAAAAUUGUUUUUGGGAACUCACUGGAAAAUGAUGGAAAGACCAAUCCAAGUUGCGGAGAGAUUACCACAUUAGCAGCUGGAGCGUCACAAACCUUUGAGUGUGAUGGGAUGGUGGGACGCUAUGUGAUCGUCUAUCUUCCGGUACAACAAUACCUCCACUUCUCUGAGAUACAAAUAAUUGGCUACUAAAGCUAAUCAUACUGCUUAUUAUUGCAUAAAGUGUCGGUGCGAGAUUUUACCGUCUUUCAGAUCCAUUGAUCACACUGCGAUAGCCAAUCACUUUCUCUUCUUUCACCUGAAAAAUUAUCCUGUUUCAUAUUUUGGGUUCAAAAUUAAUUCACUGAAAUAAAA